UGUUUCCGUUCUUUGUUGUGUGUUUGUAAAUUUGAUAUCUGAAAGCAGUGGGCAGCCAGACGGUGUAUUCUGUUAUGAUGAGAGAGGAAACUACACAGCCAACAGCAUCUAUAAAGCCAACCUCAACACCCUUUUAUCCACUCUCUCUUCCCACACACAAAUCAACUAUGGUUUCUACAACUUCUCUUAUGGUCAAAAUUCAGACAUAGUCAACGCCGUUGGAUUGUGCAGGGGAGAUGUUGAGCCAGAUGAGUGUCGCGCUUGCCUCAACCAUUCCACAGGCAAUCUCACACGGACAUGUCCAAACCAGAAAGAGGCUGUUCUGUGGUUUGACAAAUGCAUGCUGCGAUACUCGAACCGUACAAUAUUCGGCAUCAUGGAAACUGAUCCUCCUCUUUACUCGUGGUACGGAAACAAUGCAACCCAAGUGAAUGAGUUCAAUCAAGUGCUCUGGAACUUGAUGGCAAACCUCAAAGCCAAAGCUGCAUCAGGUGACUCUCGUCGUAAGUACGCCACCGGUAACGCAACUGCUUCAAAUUUUCAAAACAUAUACGGUUUUGUGCAGUGCACCCCUGAUUUGUCUCAGCAAGAAUGCAAUGAUUGCUUGGAUCUCGCUUUCUCAGAAGUCCAAACUUGCUGUAGUGGCAGGAGAGGAGCUAGAAUCAUGGCACCCAGUUGCAAUAUUAAAUAUGAUUACUACCGCUUCUACCAACAAACCACGGAGUUAGACCCACAACUACCACCACUUCCUUCAAAAGAAACCGGCAUCACAAUAGGAAUUGUCGUUGCCAUAGUUGUG